GGAGGCGCGGGUAGGACGAGGUUCUGUCCGCUUGUCAGGCUGAGGUUCUUUCUGUUCUUAGGUGAACCUGGAAGCCCGCCUUAAGUCUGCGGCGCGCGUCGGGCUCUCGAAGAGUUUUGCUGGGCGUGGCCACGCUGGGUAGGGCCAACCUCUGACCUUUUCCCAUCAGCUUAAAGUGGGAAGCUCAUCGCACUCCAUCUACCAGUCGCCCCUCAACCUCAGCUCCAGGUAGAGCCACCAGAGCGCAGAGUCCCCGAAUGCUCCCAGCUAGGGCAGCUCAGUGACCAGGAUAUGGCUGUCACCUGGCGCUUCCGCUCUAAACUGGAUUUGGAGAAGUUUACCUGAAUAUGCCUCUAAAAACAAGCGUAGCAGGUUCUACCGGAAGCUCAUGGACUGACUCUGAGAUCAGGGUCUUCCUGCUGGAGUGGGAAGUAGUUGAACAGGAAAUGGGCCACCCGGGCAGGAAGAUCCACAAGAAGACCAGGGCUCUUUGCAGGCGCCUUUACCAGCAGGGCCUGAAGAAGAGCUGGGAAAGCUGUUUCGACCUACUGCUGAGCCUGCGAGAUCUGCACAGGACUCUCUGUAAUGAAAGACCAGGGAUUGAACCCUUGUUUUCUCCUUAUGCUGAGGCCCUGUACAGGAUCCUGGGCUCCAGUCCCCAGGGAAGCCAUGUCCCAGGUCCUCUCGAUGAUGGGGCUGGUAACCCUCCACUUUCUGUGUACCCUCAAACUCCCAGGAACCAGCCUUGGGAUUAUGGCGUCGCUGUUCCUUCUGCACAGCUUCAAGGGAACGCACUGCCAAUGAUGUCACAGGAGGAUUCCCUGUUUCCAAGAGGGGAGCACUGGAACCCCAACCAUUCAAUGUCAGCUCCAAACUUACUUCCUGACUUUGCCCCAGGAGACCCUAGCUUCCAGCAACCGUGGCCCACCGCGGAAUAACACCCUGAUACUCAAUGAAGACAGGUGGCCUUUCUUUGUUUAUUUUCUGAAAAACCUGGGACUGUGAAACCUUGUGGGUGUGGGCAUCUUUCUCUACCCCAUAAGGAAAAAAAUGUGGAGUUAAAUAAAGGUCCUUAUAGAGACUCUC